AUGAGCGAUUCUCUCAUGCCCAUCGUGCCCAUCCUACAAGCGAUCGCAACCAUCGCGCCAGCCAUAUACACAGGCUUCACGUUUGCAUACAGUCAUGUCGUCAUGCCACCCCUCAUCACGCAUGCCCCACCAAAACUCCUAGCAAAGCAAUGGCUUCAAGCCUACCAAUUCGCACCCGUUUUCGUCGCACCUCUCAUCAUAUCUGGCGCUUCAAGUAACGCUCUCGUCGCCUACCUUUCCAGUAACUCUGCUUCUCCCGCAAGGCUGCUGUACGUUUUUGCAGCACUUGCGAAUGCUAUUAUCAUCCCGUACACAGCACUGUACAUGGAACCUGGGGUGAAUGGCGCGGGAAAGUGGAAAGCUCAAGAGCUACUGCGUGACGAGGAAUUUGUGCUGAAGGGUAUUGGUCAGGGUACGGACAGGGAUACGGCAAGUGAAGCUGCGAAGAAGUGGGCUGACAAGGUGGAUAUGAAGACUAUUGCCGAGACAUGGGCGAGGACGAAUGCGUGGCGAUAUGUCAUUACUGCGGCUGCGACUAUAAUUAGUGCGACAGCUACAGUUAUGCGACGUUAG